AAUAACCGUUUACAAGGCAAACUGAAAAGAAUUACGUCCAUUGAAAACAAAGGACACAAUUUAAUUACUGCUUCAUGCGAGAAACCAGAUUAUUCGUCGCUGUUAACACACAUUUGGAUCUGAAAAUUGUCCUCUGAAGACUUGUCCCUUAAGAAAAGAGGAAACAAAAAAGAAAAAGACACCGUUACUGCCUACGUGUGUACAUCUAAAGUCAACGGUCAACAAGAUGGUGUGCUACACGACGUCUGAAGUUUGGAUCAGCACUAGCAAGAUACCAGAAGAUUUACAAACGACCAUUGACGUUCAUCUGAUAAUUCCGUUAUUGGUAUGUAUUGCUGUGACUCAAGGCAUUAUGUAUGGUCAAAAACGGGUGACCAUACUGGCGUUAAUCAAGAUUUCAAUCCUCAUAUCAUUGACACAAACAGAAGCGUUGCGACACAGAAUUCAAGACAUAGCCAGUUUGUUCAGCCUCCAGAAGGAUAGGAUACACAAGCGAAAGGCUCGACUAGAGACGGAUGAUUGGAACAAACAUCAGUUAACAAUAACUUCAAACGAGAAUCCUAUGGAAGUUAAGUUAACCUUGUCACGUACAGAUACAAGAAAAACAAAUUCUUCUGAAGAGUUUUACACAUUAAAGGCAAAUGCUUCUCAAGUGUCUGUUAAGGAAAACAUCCCUUGGAUUUUUUCACAACAUCCAAGUCCAAAUCUGGAUAACAUUCCUGUGUUUUACACUGAACGAUUUGAACCUUUGUCCCUAAUCAUCAGCCAGAUUGCGGAAGGGAAGUCACCAAGACCUCAGGUAACCAUGAGAUAUGAACUGCUACGCCUAUGUACCCUCAGAACCUACCCAAAAGAUAACAAGCCCUUCCGGACAAAAUAUGCAGCUGCAGGAUUCUACUACGCCUCUGAUGGUGAUGGCGUUGUCUGCUACUGCUGCGGCAUACGUCGUUACGGGUGGGUGGAAACAGAUGAUCCAAUGGAGGUUCACCAAAUAAUUAAUCCAAGAUGCAAAUUUCUCAUAAACAACAGAGAGCACAAUGUACCAUCUAUUGCUAAUGGACCUUUGAGAAAGAAAGUUGCAGGUUUAGACAUCAUUCCAGACUGUGCCUUAGCCAAAUGCUCCGGAGCUGUGAGUAACAGACAUGGUGUUCCAAAUGAAAUCCCGAUGUACGAGCACAUGGCCCUUACAACAUUCAGGAAACAAUCCUUUAAUACGGAUUGGGCAAACACACAAAAAUAUUCACCAGCAGAACUGGCUGAUGGCGGUUUCUUCUUCACAGGAUUUGAAGAUUGUAUCCGUUGCUUUUUCUGUGGCAUAGGAUUAAGACGCUGGGACAAAGAAGACGACAUGUGGGUGGAGCAUGCCCGCUGGUCUCAAAACUGCACUUUUCUCAUACAGAAAAAGGGACAAAACUUUGUGGACUUCGUUAAACUGACGGGUCAACAGCUGCAUGAAACAGGAAUGAUGGCCGAGUGGUCUAAUCCGCAGGCUUUUUACUCCAGGACUCCAGGGGUCAGUGGUUCGAGUCCUGCUGAGGGCGAAUCCCAUGGUACCGGGAUGUCAGACAUUAUCUGUGAAGGUGCCGAUGCAGGUGAUACGCCAGAUCAAAUCAUUGAUGUCGUCAUUGGCGAAUCCCAUGAAAGAAGAGUUUCAGGAAUUAUCAGUGAAGGUACCAAUGCAUGUGAUGCGCCAGAUGAAAUCACUAAUGUCGUCGUUGGUGCAUCACGUGAUGAUUUUCACUCACGUCUGGUCAUGAGUAAUGUACAGUGUGCAGAAAGUUCACAACACGAAAGGGAAAGUACUGAGGGCACCUUACCAGUUAUGAGCGAAUCCCAUGAAAGAAGAGUGUCAGGAAUUAUCAGUGAAGGUACCAAUGCAUGUGAUGCGCCAGAUGAAAUCACUAAUGUCGUCGUUGGGCAGCUCUCAGGUGAUUCUACAAGAAAUAUAGAGCCUGAAAAUUCUGAUAGAGUUGUUGGUUCAGGCAACAGGGGAAGCAGCCGAGGACAGAGACGUCGUAACAGACGUGGUGGAUACAGAGGAUACAGACGCUAGGUGUCAUCGGGUUUUUGGAUUGUCCGAGGGUGGAACAGCAAUCAGUUUUCUGAUAAUUAUUUUUUUAAAGCACACUGUAUUGAUUUUUUAGAUUAAGAACUUGUAGGAAUUGUAGAAACACAUUUGCUAAUGAAUGAUUCUAUUAAUAUUGAGGGGUUUACAUGGUUUGGCAGCAAUAGGAAGCAUAUUCAUAAAAAUGCCAAGCGUGUCUCAGGUGGAGUCGGAUUUCUUGUCGGUAAUGAACUUUUACAAGAGUUUGAUAUAUCUGUUGUAAAUGACUCACACGAGGGUAUUUUUUGGUUACAGCUGAAACACAGAUGAUUAUUUAAUAUUCCCGUGUGUAUGCUAUCUGUCCCCUGAAAACUCCUCACGACAAACUGAUGUAAAUGUUGUUGUUUUUUAUAAAUUAUUGCAAAAUAUGUACCAGUAUCAAAACGAAGGUUUACCUUUAUUUGUGGAGACUUUAAUAGUCGUUGUAUAGACCAAUAAGAUUUUAUUGCAGGUGUUGACGAUUUUGUACACCGCAAUGUAGUUGAUUACAAAUAUAAUGCGGAUCAUCUUAUACAAUUUCUAAUAGAUAGUAGCAUGUGUAUGUUGAAUGGUAGAAAUUUUAUAUACAAUGACUUUACAUCAAUUUCAGUCAAAGGCUGUUCUGUAGUAGACUAUUGUUUGAUCAGUCAUGAAAACUUGCAACAUUUUACUGAUUUUAAAGUUGUACAUGUGUCUGAUAUCCUAAAUAGUGUUGGUAUUAAAGGGACUGUCAGAUUUAGAAAAUCAUCAAGAAAUGUCUGAAAACGUAUUGGAAUGACAAGUAUCGGAAUGGAUCGUAAGAAAUCAAUACCAAUGCAGGUUGUUUUAGAAGAUGGUACAGUGUCUGAUGAUGUUAAGAUUGUUCUUGCUAAAUAGCAGCAUGAUUUUUGUACACUGCUAAAUUCAGAUAAUACUGUAAUAAAUGUUGCAAAUGAUAGUACAGUAGAUAUAGCAGAUGAGAAUUUAGACUCGCCUAUAGAUAAACGUGAGAUAGUUAAAGCUUUGAGAGAUGCUAAGCAAGGGAAAGCAGCAGGUAUUGACCUAAUCCUACCAGAAUUGUUAAAAUAUAACUCAUCACUUUUUGUUCUUCAUAGUUUAUGUUAUGUAUGUUUUCAAUCUGAAAAAGUGCCAAGCUUUGGUCUAAAAGCAUUAUUUACCCAAUACCUAAAUCAUGAUGUAAGGAUCCAAGAGGACCAAUGUCAUAUAGAGGCAUUAACUUUUGUUAUUUAGACAGACUUAAAAUAUUAUUGAAGUUUAUGUCAAUCUUUCGAUUCUCUAAUUAAGUUUGUAUACCACACAUAG